AUGGCUCAGACACAGAAUCUCCCGCCCGUAUACGGCGGUCAUCCUGGCUAUCCCACAGCCCCUCACCCUCAGUAUGAUCACAAUCGACAAGUGCCACUGCAAGCAAACGGCCAGGCAAUGCAGGCAGCGCCCGUGUCCCAAACUGCUAAGACAUUAUCCGUCGUCAGGGACGGCUUGAGAUUCUCGUUGGUCGUUGUGCAGCAGCCCGUCCGAGCGCGCAUGUGUGGCUUUGGUGACAAGGACCGCAGACCUAUUACUCCUCCGCCGUGCGUGCGGCUUGUUGUUACCGAUGAACAGACAGGACAGGAGGUACCGGCUGACCAACUAGAUGCCAGCUUCUUCAUCCUUCAGGUUGAUUUGUGGGACGAGCAUGGACAGGUCGAGAAGAACAUCGUCAAAGCAGCCACCAACUCUCCCGCUACAUCCAUUUCGACAGCCACAACCACCUCAUAUCCGCCUCCACCAGAGCGCCCAGCUCUUUAUGCCCCUCAAGUACCUUACGCAGAUCCUCGCACUGGCCAAUUCGCCGGCUACGGCCCUGCACCCACCUACCCUCCUGGACCUUGGGGAUACCCGCAACCACCUAUGCCUCAGAUGUACAUGCCAGGUGCUCCUCCUCCUGCUGGCCACUACGCUCAACCUCCCAUGCCUCCAGGCUAUGGACAGUAUCCCGGAUCUCAGCCACAAAUGUAUCCGCCUCAAUAUCAACCCCCUAUGCCGCAGCAACAGCCAAGUAGCGGCAUGUUCACCCGUAACCUUAUCGGUAGUUUGACCGUCAACGCCAACCAAUUGCGCGAUCCUUCGGGGAAGGAAGGGCACUGGUUCGUUCUGCAAGAUCUGUCUGUUCGUACUGAGGCUGUAUUCCGUCUCAAGAUGAGCUUCUUCGAUGUCGGUGCCGGAAGCAGCGAGGGAGGUUCGAAACUCUCGACUGGUAAACGCCCUGUUCUGGCUACCGUCUUCUCUGAUCCCUUCCAAGUCUUCUCGGCCAAGAAAUUCCCUGGUGUUAUCGAAAGCACCGAGCUCAGCAAAUGCUUCGCAGGCCAGGGUAUCAAGAUUCCUAUCAGAAAGGAUGGCGGCAAGCACGAGGGCAAAGAUGAGGACGAUGAUUAG